AUGGAUACUUCAACUGUGUUAUUUUUUACUUCGGUGAUACUAGGGUUCCUAGCUCUUAAAUGGUUCACUAAGAACUCUCAAAAUUAUCAAAACUUAAAUACUGAAGCCGCCGGUGGUGAUUCUAUUACGAUGACACAUGUCACUGAGACGAUAACUAUAGAGGGUAAGAAAAACGAUGAGGAACCUAAGGCAGCAGAUGACAAGGUUAAAACAAAAGAUGGCAGGAAGAAACCAAUUAAGAAGAGAAUUGUCACUCGUGAUAUGAUAGAGGUAGUAAUGAUCAUUGCUCCAUCUCUAACUGAACAACAAAUUAGAACCGACUUGGAAAAGACUGGUUCAAUUGAAAAGACUGUCGAGAAUUUCUUGAGAGGUGAUAAGUUUACCGAAUCACAAGAAGACGAGGACCAGAAAAAAAGCAGUCAAAUACAACAGGAAGAGGAUGAAAGUGAAGAUUUAUCUUCUUCUUCCUCGUCAUCAUCUGAAGAUUCAGAUGAUGACGAUGGUGAAGGCGAUGGUGAAGGCGACGAUGAUGGUUUUUAA